AGGCUUUCUGGAGAGAUACUGACCGAAUCCUCCAGCAGGCAUCUUGCAGAAGUCCUCAGGAAAAACCAGAGAUUGAAUGUAUUAUUCUUGUCCCUCAAGAACCCAGAUGACAAAGCAAUGGAAGUGCUAUGUGAGGGUCUGAAACAUCCAGAAUGUGCAAUAGAAACGCUUGAGCUUUCUGGAGAGAUACUGACCGAAUCCUCCAGCAGGCAUCUUGCAGAAGUCCUCAGGAAAAACCAGAGAUUGAAUAUAUUAGGCUUGGCCCUCGAGAAUCCAGAUGACAAAGCAAUGGAAGUGCUAUGUGAGGGUCUGAAUCAUCCAGAAUGUGCAAUAAAAACGCUUCAGCUUUCUGGAGAGAUACUGACUGAAUCCUCCAGCAGGCAUUUUGCAGAAGUCCUCAGGAAAAACCAGAGAUUGAAUAGAUUAGUCUUGUUCCUCGAGAAUCCAGAUGACAAAGCAAUGGAAGUGCUAUGUGAGGGUCUGAAUCAUCCACAAUGUGCAAUAAAAACCCUUCAGUCUCUCCAGUGCAGCGGGCUCAAUGGGGUGGACCUGCGGGGCCGGGACCUAGAACACAGCAGUGGCAACGCGUUUGAAAG